UAGGUGGGAGGUGGCGGCGGCCGAGGCUCCGCAGCCCCGUCAGUGAAACCGGCCCGCCGUCCCCCAAACCCGGCCGGGGCAGCCGGCCCCCACCCAGCUACUCACCCCCGCGGGCCGCGCGCCGAGGCGCCGCCUGGAGCCCGGCUCCCUUUGUUGGGCGCGCACCCCCUCUUGGUGGCAACAAAGUCGCGCAGUGGGAGCCGCCGCGAGGGGGCGGGGAGCGGCAGAGGCGGGACUCCGAGCGCCGCCGGGGGCAGCCGGCCCAAAAAGUGGGGAGGAGGGAACAAGGCAGGCGGCAUCUGCGGACCGGCGCGAGGACAGCCCGCUCAGAAGUAUGCGGAGGGCCCCCUCCCGGGCCCAGGCACUCGCGGAGACACAGCCUCGCCAAAGUUUGGCGGCGGCGGCUGCCCCGGCGGCGUCGAUGGCUGCACGCCCCGCGGCGCGCGGAGGCUGAGCGGGCGCCACUUCCCCUCCGGCCCAGCUUUUGUGUCUCGCGUCUCCUCCUCAUGCUGCGUCCGGCCACCUCCUGCGGCGGCCGCUGCUGAGGCGCCCGCUCGGGCCGAGGGGAGGAAGGGACGGCGGCGGCGAGGACGGCCGCGGCGCGGGGUCCCGACGGGACUAUGGGAAACGGGAUGUGCUCCCGAAAGCAGAAGCGGAUCUUCCAGACGCUGCUGCUGCUGACCGUGGUGUUCGGCUUUCUCUAUGGCGCGAUGCUCUACUACGAGCUGCAGACACAGCUGCGGAAAGCCGAAGCGGUGGCCCUCAAGUACCAGCAGCACCAGGAGUCCCUUUCCGCCCAGUUACAAGUUGUGUAUGAACACAGAUCAAGAUUAGAGAAAUCCUUGCAAAAGGAAAGACUUGAACAUAAGAAAGCGAAGGAAGAUUUUCUGGUUUAUAAAUUAGAAGCACAAGAAACACUAAAUAAGGGAAGGCAAGAUUCUAAUAGCAGGUACAGCGCGUUGAAUGUCCAACAUCAGAUGUUAAAGAGUCAACAUGAGGAGCUAAAGAAACAGCACAGCGACUUGGAAGAGGAACACCGCAAGCAAGGAGAAGACUUCAGUAGGACAUUUAAUGACCACAAGCAGAGAUACCUGCAGCUGCAGCAAGAGAAAGAACAAGAGCUUUCUAAGCUAAAAGAAUCCGUGUACAAUUUGAGAGAAGAGAACAGACAGCUGAGGAGAGCGCAUCAGGACAUGCACACACAGCUGCAAGAUGUCAAGACUCAAGUUGCAGAAUAUAAACAACUGAAAGAUACUCUGAAUAGGAUUCCAAGCUUUCGAAAACCAGAACCAGCAGAGCAGCAAAAUGUUACCCAGGUGGCACAUUCUCCACAAGGUGUCAGCGCAACAAGGGACAAGUUACCCGGAGAGCUUCGGGAGGUGUCUCGAAACGGCCAAGUGUGGCAGAACCGUGAAGCAGUCCCUGGAAGAACGGAGGAAGCAAAACCGUACCCCCCCACCCAGAAGGAGGCAGGAUCCCAGGCUCCCGCAGGACUGACCCGGCAGGAAGCGGGAGGCGGAGAACCCGAGGAGCGCCAGGUGGAGGAGGAGCACCGGAGGGCCCUGGAGGAGGAGGCAAUGGAGCAGGUCGGGCGGGCGGAGCGCCUCGAGGAGGAGCACGACCCGCCGCCGGAGGAGCAGCGGGGCCGGGAGUGGACGGAACGGCGCGAACAGAAGGAGGCCAGACUCCCGCAAGGGCAGGCUCGUGCUGAGGUGUAUCCUUCAGGCAGGCCGGUUGCCAAAUUCCCGUCGCCGUACGAGGAGCGGCUGCAGCAGCAGAGGCUGGCAGCGCGGCGGGCGGAGGAGGCCCAGGGGCUGAAGGAGCGCCAGGAGGCCCCACCCCAGCAGAGGCUGCAGGGACCCCCGCCGCAGCAGCACCGGCCCCUCGCCGCGGAGACGGCCCAGCAGAGGCAGGCUGGGCUCGCGCAGGGCCGGCCGCAGCGCCCAGAGCACACACGGCAGCAAGCUCGUUAUGAUGCUGUAGAUAAUGAUAUUGUUCAGGGAGCAGAGGACCAGGGCAUCCAGGAAGAGGAAGGAGCUUAUGAGAGAGACAACCAGCACCAAGACGAGGCAGAAGAAGACCCAGAGAAUGGACAUGAGCUUCAAGAACAAGGGCCCCACGAAGCUGACCCAGAAUCCGAGGCAGAUAGGGCAGCUGUAGAGGAUAUAAACCCAGCAGACGACCCUAAUAAUCAAGGGGAGGAUGAAUUUGAGGAAGCCGGGCAAGUGAGGGAAGAAAACUUGCCAGAUGAAAAUGAAGAGCAGAAACAAAGUCACCAAAAGCAAGAGAAUGCAGAAGUGGAGGAGCAUUUGGUGAUGGCAGGGAAUCCAGACCAGCAGGAGGACAAUGUGGAUGACCAGUACCAGGAGGAGGGGGAAGAGGAGGUUCAGGAAGAUUUGACUGAGGAGAAAAAAAGGGAAUUGGAGCAUAAUGCUGAAGAGACCUAUGGUGAAAAUGAUGAAAAUGCCGAUGAGAAAAACAAUGAUGGAGAAGAGCAAGAAGUUCGAGAUGACAACCACCCCAAAGGCCGAGAGGAUCACUACGAGGAAGAAGAAGAGGAGGAGGAGGACGGAGCCGCUGCUGCUGAGAAAUCUCGGCAAAGAGCUGAAAUGUAGCCAUGUCCGAUUUCACAGACAGAGCUCAGCCGACGGAUUCUUUUCAAGCUGCUCAAAAAUAAAUCUGCCUACUGAACUCUAGGAUAUUUAACUACAAAAAUUAAGAAUUUAGACUUUUUUUUUAACUUUUGUAUUAGAAAUGCUCAUACAUUUAUAUGAAUAUAUUUUGUUAACCUAGGUUAGAGCUUCUUUUUAUAUUCAAGCAAAACAUGAAUGAGAAGAAGAAGAAUAAAGCAGACCUUAGGCUCUGAAUCUCAUUUUUCAUAGAUUAUGUGAUGUUGGAGAAGACAUUGAUUUUGUAUAUGUUUCAACUUGUUCCUUCUCUGUCUUCUACGUUCCAAGCAUUCUGUUGUUUGCCUUUGAUGAAAUGCAGGAUAGAGAAUACUGAAAAAUGCUGUACAGACAUUGAGGAGAAUGGCCAGUUUACUAAUUGCUGCCUUUCCGAGGUUCUUAUGCAUAGUUCUGAUAGAAUUUUCACCAGUCUGUGUAUCUCUAGGAUAAGAUUCAUGGACAGAGUGACAUACAGUUAGAAAGACGUUUUUGUUAUAAAGACAUUUUUUUCAGGCUUUUCAGAUCAGUUAGAAGAAAUGUUUGGCUUUGCUUAAAAUCACAGCUUUUCCUCUUGAGAGGAAUUAAAUUUAAAUGUGAGAUAGAACUAAAACUCACUUGACAGUAUUCUGGACUUAGAUAUUUCAGGAUUCAAACAAGGUAUGACACAUCAGCGUAUUAACCUUUUUGAAGGACUGACACCUUGUUUAAUAACUAAUUUAGUGUGUAUGGGUGGCGUUUUCCACGUGAGCACCCCUUUUUUUUCUGUAGUCACCCAGUGAUAGCUUUGUUUUAGUAUCUAAUUCUCUACAGUAAUAUAUAUUUUCCCUGUGAGCUUUGUGCCUCUGUAUGUACUCACUGAUGACAAGCAUGAAUAUGAAGACAUAUCAAAUUGUACAACUGAAUAGGGUAUUUUUCAAAAACUAUACGGUGAAAUACACACGGUGGUAUGGUUGACCCUUAUGACUUUUCUGUUUGCUGGGAUUGGGUCUGCUUUAUGCCCAUGGAUAGACUUUUAAUGAUUAUGAAUUAUACAAGUCCCUUAAAAUAAAAAUAUUAAAAAUCAAAAAUUUCCCAUGGGAUAGAGACAUAUUGCAGUCUCCAGUAUAAAGAUUUUUAACUAAAUAGAAUUAGGUUACAUCAUUCUUAUGUGUGUGGUUUUAUAAUAGUACUUUCAAAUCAAUAAAAACAGAUUUCAAUUUCUACCAUUAUCGUAUGAAUGUAAUUUUAUUUUUUAAUAACCACACUCAUGUAUGGUUUUGAUUAUCCCAGUUGAGUGAUUAUGUAUGUAUGCCUAGGAAUGUUUUGUUCAAAUGUAUUUUGGAUUUUCGGUAAUCAUGAAUCAAAUCUUUAUGUAUAAAAACCCUUUAUGUAAUGUAAAAUGUAUAAUAUUGUACAUAAUAUUCAGAAUACAAUUAUUUUGGUAAAUUAGUUUGUAUUUUUAAUGUCCCAAUUGCAGUAUUUAAUUAUUUGAAACUUGGUAAUAGUCAAUAAAGCUAUAAAAAGCAAGUGAUAAA